AAAGAAAUAAACUUGCAAUACUUGCAUUUGCGGAUAUCUGUUUUGAAGUAUUGUGCUGCAACACAUUAACAUGAAGAAUAGAACUAAUAUCAUGGAUUUGUUUAGCGAAGCUAAAACGAACGACACUUAUAUAAAAGUUUGUGCUCCUAUGGUCAGGUACAGUAAAGUACAAUUCAGAACACUUGUUAAAAACUAUGGAGUUGAUUUAUGCUUCACACCGAUGAUAUUAGCGGACUCUUUCUGUCAGAACUCUAAAGCUCGCUGCAAUGAGUUUUCAACAACUGUUACCGAUACUCCUUUGAUUGUGCAGUUUGCCGCCAAUAAUCGAGAUGAUUUUGUGGAUGCUUCCAGACUAGUUUAUGGGUAUUCAGACGGAGUUGACUUAAACUGCGGUUGUCCACAAAAAUGGGCCAUGAAAGAUGGUUAUGGUUGUGCCCUGUUAUCUAAACCAGAACUUAUACAUGACUUAGUUAAAGGUAUCAGAAAUAAUCUGCCUAAUAACUUUAGUGUAUCUGUAAAGAUAAGGAUAUUAAAAGAGUUAAAUCGCACUAUUGAUAUGUGCCAAAAGCUAGAGAAGUGUGGAGUAAGCUUUUUGACUGUUCAUGGUCGGACACCUACUCAGAAAAGUGGUGAUAAAGUGGAUACUAUAGCUUUGCGAGAUGUAGUUGAAUCUGUGCAAAUACCUAUAGUUGCUAAUGGUGGUAUUAAGACAUUGGAUGAUGCUGAUGACCUCUACAGACAGGUCAACUGCCAAGGUGUUAUGGCUGCCAGUGGUAUCCUCACAAAUCCAGGACUCUUCAGUGGAACAACAAAGACUCCAUUAAGCUGUGUUAAAAUGUGGAAAGAUAUGAAAGAUAAAGAAAGUGACAAAAUAACUUUUCAGUGUUACCAUCACCAUUUAGUAUUUAUGCUAGAAAAAGUGUUGACCAAACAACAAAAACAAGUGUUCAAUCAUUUAAGUACAUUUGAAAGUGUUGAUGACUUUUUAAAUGAUAAUUUAAUUAAUUUAAUUGAAAAUGAUUUAUUAGAUUUUAAGUAUAAUUUAGACAAGUUUGUUGAGUGUGAGUUUGCUGAUGAAAUUACUCUUAAGCAUUCCACCAAAUGUAGGGGUUGUGGCAAAAGUGUGUGUUACUGUAUCUGCAAUAAAUAUGACCCUAAUUCAACAGAUGGUAAUUAUUUUGUAUCUUGUAUUAAAGAUAGUGAUUCACUUGACUAUAUGGAUUUCAAUAUUUUUGAUGAAACUUGUUAAACAAAGCUGUAUGUAAUAGAAUGGUAUACUUCUAUAUUUUUUAUUUUGUUUACAUUUAAUAAAACUGUGAUUAUUUUG